GCCGAGGCGCCCAGCGACGCGCGGCGGGUGGCGGCAGCUCGGGCCCCCGCCGCACUCCAGGCGCCCGCAGCGCUCGCCCUGACGCGGCCGCCAUGGCGCAGGAGAACGCUGCCUUCUCGCCCGGGCCGGAGGAGCCGCCGCGGCGCCGCGGCCGCCAGCGCUACGUGGAGAAGGAUGGCAGGUGCAACGUGCAGCAGGGCAACGUGCGCGAGACAUACCGCUACCUGACCGACCUGUUCACCACGCUGGUGGACCUGCAGUGGCGCCUCAGCCUGUUGUUCUUCGUGCUGGCCUAUGCGCUCACCUGGCUCUUCUUCGGCGCCAUCUGGUGGCUGAUCGCCUACGGCCGCGGCGACCUGGAGCACCUGGAGGACACCGCGUGGACGCCGUGCGUCAACAACCUCAAUGGCUUUGUGGCCGCCUUCCUCUUCUCCAUCGAGACCGAGACCACCAUCGGCUACGGGCACCGCGUCAUCACCGACCAGUGCCCCGAGGGCAUCGUGCUGCUGCUGCUGCAGGCCAUCCUGGGCUCCAUGGUGAACGCCUUCAUGGUGGGCUGCAUGUUCGUCAAGAUCUCUCAGCCCAACAAGCGCGCCGCCACGCUCGUCUUCUCCUCGCACGCCGUGGUGUCGCUACGCGACGGGCGCCUCUGCCUCAUGUUCCGCGUGGGCGACUUGCGCUCCUCACACAUAGUGGAGGCCUCCAUCCGCGCCAAGCUCAUCCGCUCGCGCCAGACGCUGGAGGGCGAGUUUAUCCCGCUGCACCAGACCGACCUCAGCGUGGGCUUCGACACGGGAGACGACCGCCUCUUCCUCGUCUCGCCGCUGGUUAUCAGCCACGAGAUCGACGCUGCCAGCCCCUUCUGGGAGGCGUCGCGCCGUGCCCUCGAGAGGGACGACUUCGAGAUCGUUGUCAUCCUCGAGGGCAUGGUGGAAGCCACGGGAAUGACAUGCCAAGCUCGGAGCUCCUACCUGGUAGACGAGGUGCUGUGGGGCCACCGCUUCACGUCAGUGCUGACUCUGGAGGACGGCUUCUACGAGGUGGACUAUGCCAGCUUUCACGAGACUUUUGAGGUGCCCACACCUUCAUGCAGUGCUCGAGAGCUGGCAGAGGCUGCGGCCCGCCUUGAUGCCCAUCUCUACUGGUCCAUCCCCAGCCGGCUGGAUGAGAAGGUGGAGGAGGAGGGGGCGGGCAGCCCAGGCCCCUCUGGGGCCGACAAGGAGCAGAAUGGCUGCCUGCCACCCCCAGAAAGUGAGUCCAAGGUGUGA